CUUUGGACUUCUGUGGUUCAGUUUAAACUUAGUCUCAGCUUCAACUCCAGCAGUGCAAGAUGUUCUUAUUUCAAGUUUAUUCUUCGCUCCUACUUCCUGCUUGUCUUCUCGCGAACUCUUUUGCAUCCGCAUUUUCGGCAUGUCCAAAGGAAGAGACAUGCAUGAGAUUAAUAGAUUGUAUCCCACUAAUGAGCUUUGUGAAGCUGAUUGGUAUGACCGAUACCGAGAAAAGAAUGGUAGGGGAGCGGAAGUGCGGCGAAGACCGUAGGACGUCGGAAUUGUUGAGAAGGUUUUAUGUCUGCUGCCCGGGAAGAGGGUUUCGUCCUGCCAAGUAACCAAACUUGCGGGCAAACCGAAGCUGUUAAUCGAAUUGUUGGCGGCACAGAAGCUCCCCUCAAUGCCUAUCCUUGGAUGGCGUUGCUACUAUACAAUGAUGAAGGAACGCAGAAUACCAAACUUAUACCCAAGUGCGCAGGAUCUCUUAUCACAAAUCGAUUUGUGUUGACCGCAGGUCACUGUUUAAACCUAAUAGGCUUCAAUCUUAUAAGCGUCCGCCUUGGCGAGCACAACAUCGACACACAGCCCGACUGCAUUAAGCUGAUGCAUGGAGAUAUAAAGUGUGCUGCAAUGCAUCUGGAAAUAAACAUAGUGGGGAAAGCCAGGCAUGUACACGAUAUCGCUUUGCUGAAACUCGAAUUUCCGGUACGCUAUACCGAUGAAAUAAGACCAAUUUGUGUACUGUCCAGCUAUCCUUCAUCGAAUCCCUCCUUUGAAAAUCAAAAUUUUGAAAUAGCUGGCUGGGGCUGGACUGAGAAGCAUGAAAUGAGUGAUGUCUUAUUAAAAGCCAAUAUCGUUGGAAGACACCCGAAUGAUUGCUCAGUGCUAAGACUCAACAAUGAGACCGAAAUAUGCGCCGGUGGCCAAAAAGGUAGAGACACCUGUAGUAAAGACUCUGGCAGCCCACUGAUGGCCACAAUGGGAAGAGGCGCAGACGAAUUCGUAUACCUAGCCGGAAUUACUUCUUAUGGUUUUAAUGCGUGUGGAAGUGGACCAGCUGUGUACUUAAAAACUUACAAAUUUUACGAAUGGAUACGAAUCCGUAUGUUUAACUUAUAA